CCCAUCCUAUAUGUGAACUGUGGAGGUAGAAUGACUGUGGAGUGGACAGAUUCAGCAGCUCGAUUUAAUCAAAGAAAUGCACUCCUUAUCUUUUAGUCGUAGCGUAAACUAAAGCGUUCAAUGCCAACGAUUCCCCCGAAGGCGAUGGGCUGGUGUACAGGUGAGCCAACGUGAGAGCAGGCUCCACAACAGCUGCUUUGGUCCGUUCGCACAUGGGAACCAAGACACCCGACCUCAUCCGCAUUUUAGCAGUUUGAAGACGGACUCCGGGACAGAGAGACGUGUCCAGAGAUAGCAUGACAGCUGUACGAGGAGCCCACCCACACAAUGCGAGCCCCGCUUCAGCUAAGGAGAAUGGACACACCGCGCCGAGCCCCGCUCAGUCCAGCGCCAACUUUACCCAUCCCUCUGCGGGGGCCAUACCCAGUGAUGCCCCGGUGUCCUCGACCAGCGAGCUGACCCAGACUUGGGUUCACUUUGCUAAAACCUUUGUUCUUAUUUUUCCCAUUUAUGCACUGGGAUAUUUUGAGUUCAGCUUCAGCUGGUUGUUAAUUGGACUUAUUUUUUUUUUCUGGUGGAGGAGAAACACAGGAGGGAAGCACAGCCGGCUGAGCCGAGCUCUGUCUUUCUUUGAGCAAGAGGAGAGAAGUGUCAAGCAGAGCCUUACCACUUCAGACCUACCACCGUGGGUGCACUUCCCAGAUGUUGAGCGAGUGGAGUGGCUGAACAAGGCGGUGAAACAGAUGUGGCCAUACAUUUGCCAGUUUGUGGAGAAAGUGUUGCACGAGACGAUCGAGCCGGUGGUGAAGGAGUCCAGCUCCCACCUCAGCACCUUCUGCUUUAGCAAAAUCGACAUAGGAGACAAACCCUUAAGGAUCAAUGGGGUAAAGGUUUACUCUGAAAAUGUGGACAAAAGACAGAUCAUCAUGGACCUACACAUCAGCUUUGUCGGGAACACAGAGAUUGAUGUGGAUAUCAAACGGUACUACUGCAAAGCUGGCAUUAAGAGCAUCCAGAUCCACGGUGUGUUGAGAGUGGUGAUGGAGCCACUGCUGGGUGAUAUGCCUCUUGUUGGAGCGCUGUCUCUGUUUUUCCUCAAGAAGCCACUUAUGGACAUAAACUGGACCGGCCUCACCAAUGUACUGCACAUUCCUGGGCUCAAUGGCUUCUCUGACAGUCUGAUUCAAGACAUUAUCUACAGUUACCUGGUUUUACCGCACCGCAUCACCAUCCCACUGGUCAAGGAUGUGGAAGUGGCCAAGCUACGCUUCCCAAUUCCAAAGGGAGUCCUGAGGAUCCACUUCUUGGAGGCUCAGGAUCUGGAAGGGAAGGAUAAAUUUCUGGGAGGGCUGAUAAAGGGCAAGUCUGACCCAUAUGGUGUCCUGCAGAUCGGCAACCAGCUUUUCCAGAGCAAGACAGUCAAAGAGUGUCUGAAUCCCAAAUGGAAUGAAGUUUACGAGGCACUGGUGUACGAGCACUCAGGUCAGCAUCUUGAGAUUGAGCUGUUUGAUGAGGAUCCAGACAAAGACGACUUCCUGGGAAGCCUGAUGAUCGAUAUGACUGAGCUGCACAAAGAACAGAAGGUUGAUGAAUGGUUUGACCUGGAAGAAGCUCCUACUGGGAAACUCCACUUAAAACUGGAAUGGCUUUCUCUGCUCUCCACUCCUGAGAAGUUGGACCAGGUGCUGCAAAGCGUGCGUGCAGAUAGAAGCCUUGCCAAUGAUGGGCUGUCAUCAGCAGUACUGGUGGUUUAUCUGGACUCAGCAAAGAACCUGCCAAACAACCUGUCAGAUUUCAACUAUGAUGUGUUGAAGCAAGUGUCAGUUUUUAAGGCCCUGAAGUCUGCAAAGAAGAGCAGCUCUGAACCCAACCCUUAUGUUCAGUUCACUGUUGGACACAAAACCCUUGAUAGUAAGAUCCGCUACAAGACUAAGGAGCCUCUGUGGGAAGACUGUUUCUCGUUUCUUGUUCACAAUCCCAGGAGGCAGGAACUCGAGGUGGAGGUAAAAGAUGACAAGCACAAAUGCAUCCUGGGUAAUCUGGCAGUGCCUUUAAGCAGCCUGUUGACUGAGGAAGACAUGACGCUGACUCAGUGCUUUUCUCUCAAGAACUCUGGGCCGAGCUCCACCAUCAAGCUUAAGAUGGCCCUGAGGAUACUGUCCUUGGAGAAGCAGGUAUCCUCAGACCAGCCCUCCUCUGUGCGAGUCAGAAAGGCCAGGGUCCCGACGCCAAGCGCAGCCCACUCCCAGAGACUGUCACCCUCGGAUUCCCCGCUACCUCCACCCACACCUUCACCACCCAUAGACUCUUCCACCCUUAUCCUUGACAGGGACGGCGAGCCAUAUUCAGGCAGCCCUCUGCACAGUACCUCCAACCUGAGCACGUGCAUGUCUAGUUCCCAGAAACACCUGCCUCAUAGGGAGUCCACACCCAGCCUGGCCUCAGAUGUCUCCCUGCCCUUCGCCACUUUGGAGCUUCAGCAAAGGCUCCGUCAGCUGCAGAAUGGAUCGGCCCCAAGCCAGUACCCCCUGGGUGAGGUCCAGCUAACUGUGCGACACAGCUCCCAGAGGAACAAACUUAUUGUUGUGGUGCACGCCUGCCGUAACUUGAUAGCCUUCUCCAAAGAUGGCUCAGAUCCCUUCAUCCGCCUCUAUUUGCUGCCUGACAAGAGCCGGACAGGGAGAAGGAAGACCAGCACAGUGAAGAAGACCCUCAACCCUGUUUAUGAUCAAACAUUUGAGUUUAGUGUAUCUAUAGUGGAGCUCCACAGGAGAACUCUGGAUGUAGCAGUGAAGAAUGGAGGGAGCAUCCUUUCCAAGCACAGAGGAUUUUUGGGAAAAGUGCUGGUAGAUUUAAGUGGGGACGAUAUAUCAAAAGGAUGGACACAGUGGUAUGAGUUGAGUGAAGAUGGGUUAUCAUCUCAAGGCAUAACAAGAACUGAAGACCCCCUCCACUCAUAGUGAAACUACCUAUCUGCUGUAAUAUGGUGGUCGUGUUAAUUCUAAGGCCACAUUAUUUUAUUAUUUUGUUACAACCCAUGCAAAUGUGUUAUAUAAUUUCCAGGAAAAGUAAGUUCUGCAUGCUGUAUGUUUUUUUAAAUUUUCUAAUAUUAUUUCAUGAAUGAUCACAAAAAGUUGUAAUGUAAAUAAUUCCUGUUUUUAGUGUUUUAGGUAAAUAUCACAUUGCUAAUAUAUAAUGACAAGAUUUUGCAGGGGUUUUCAUGGCAUUAUACUGUAUUUCCUAAAAGGAAAUGAUAUUGAAAUCUGUCUGAAAUGUUACAGCAUAUUCCAUCCAGUUUGGUAGAAUGUGACAAAUUGUUUUGUCAUAUGAGAAACCUCUUACCAAAGGAACAGACAUAAUCACACAAGUAGGUUUAGGUAGCAGAGAUUUCUGUUCUGCAGUGUUAUCUGAUUGUUUGCCUCUUAUUUUUCUUUGUGUGAAUACAAACAUGGCAUGCACUCAUGUAAGAAAUCAAAUGACUGCUCAGUUUGUUUUAGGAGAACUUUUGCAAAACUGGUUCUGAACAUUUUCUCAGAUACAGAAGACCUGGGAGCAUUGUAGGGCUACGAACAUGUGCUGUAUGUUAUGAACACUAUAAAGGAUACAUGGAUUAUGGUAUAAUUUUUGUUCAACCCAAACUGAAAAAUAUUAACAGAACAGAACAACAGAAUUGUUGCAUUUUAUGAGCAGGGCUGCCAGAAUCUUGCUCAGAUGAAGUUGUUUGUUGGAGCUUAUAAAUACAGUGCUUUUCUUGUUAUUUAUCCUGUGCCUUAAAAACUCACUAGGUAACAUUUUGAUUCCUAAUGCUAUUAAUUUGAAUUAUAUGAUGCCUUGUGGCUUUUGAAGAAUAAAUGGCAUUUCUUCUGAAAAUAACCACACUUAUUUUUAGCAGUUAACCCUUCGUGGCCAACAACAAAGAGUAUGAAUUAUUUCCAGUAAGCAUCCCACAAUAACUCUGUUUUUAAGAAAGUUUCAUUUUGGAAUGCUUGUUGCAAGGGUUGUAUUUAGUUUAUUUAUUUAAAAUUAUUGACAAAAUGUGCAACUUGCCAAGAUUUUGCAUACACCUGUGUGAGUUGGUUGGGUGAUGGUGCUGAAGUGCUAUUGAGCAAACUGAAUUUGCUUUUAAGUGAAGACACCACAUUCAGAAAGAGGUAGCUAGGCUACAUGCAGCAAUUGGUUGCCAUCAAGUGGAAGAAGAAACAAACUAGCUGGUACUGUCAAGAAUUGACAUCAUGCAGCGUUCAGCCAAAUGGGCAAACUCCUUCACACCAACCUGCCAUUUGUAAUAUAGUCUGAGAUAUUAGUAAUUUCUGACUGAUGCAAUAGGCUUUUUAGCACUUAGCAAAAAGAAACGAGGAAGUGUAACAGGCUACCAAAUGUCUACAAAAUCACCAACAAGGUAGACAAAAUUCAAAUGGCUUUACUCUAGCGUCACCACAUUCAGUUACAUUAUUGGCAAAGCACUGUAUUAAGAUUAUUAAUAUAAUGCAAGUUAUGGAUGAACAAAUAAUAAAUAUGGAAAAAUAUAUAAAUAUGACACCUAUUUUCCUAGCAACUAAUUUCCUUUAGAGACUAAUUGAUUAAGGAGAUGUCCUACUGAAAACCACGUAUGUAAUUCUAAUGUUACUGUAGAGACUGUGAUAGAAACCAUACACUGUAUAUAAUUUUUUUGCUAUUAUAUUUUAUUUAUUAGUACGGUAUAUAUUUAUGGCUCUGACAAAAACACCACAUUUACUUGCA